AAAUUCAUCAUUUUUUGGGAUGUGUUUCCCUCACAGGCCGACAUCGAGGAAGCUCCAGAGGAAACCCGGAAGCUCUACAAGGAGUACAAGAUGCUGAAACAGCAGGGAAAAACAUCGGAUUCCUCAGGAAAAACAGGAUCCCAGGAAAUCCCAAAUGUGGAGCAGGUGAAGGAUUCGGGAUUUUGGGGCUCCCACCUGAACCGGGCACCGAAAAUUCCCGGGAAAAGCCAGAGCAGGAGCGCCAGGCCGGGAAUUUCAGCAGAAUUUUACGGGAUGAAGCUCAAAGCCAAAGUGGGAACGAUUGGGAAGGAGCCUCCUCUGACCCCUCGGAGAACCCCAAAUCCCAGAAGAAUCCCAAAAAUUCCCCAAUCCCAAAAAACCCCGGAGCGCGGAGCCGAAUCUUCACCGGCGGAGCCGUCACAGAAUGAAGGAAAAUCCGAAAAUCCCGAAAAAUCCGGAGAUUCCGAGGAAUUUGAAGACCUCGUCCUUCCUCCUUUGGUGCCGGGAUUGGGUCCCCUCAAGCUCCCGACGGGAAUAAAUCCCAGUUUAACUUCAAUUCCCGAAAAAUUCCAGCAGCUGAAGCAGAGGGUGGCCCAAACUUUGGGAUCGUUGGAUCCCGGUUGGAUCCAGAGGUGCCAGGAAUCCCCUAAAAAACGGGAAUUCCCAGCGGGAUCCGCGACAGAAAAAGAGGAAAUCCAGCCCCAAUCCGUUGGGAAUUCCGUGAGGAAAAGGCCCCGGGAAGGUGGAGGCGCCACGGAGGCUCCGGCCAAGCUCCGGAGGAGCCUCCAAGGAUCUGAUCCAGGAAUUUUUGGGAUGAGGCAAAUCCAGAAGGAAAAUGAGGAUGAGGGAGAGUGGCUGGAAUCCCAAAAUGGAGCUGGGAAGGCGCCGGAUCGCUUGGAAAAAAUCCUGGAAAAGGAGGAAAAACCCAAACCCACGCGCAGAACCCGAGUCCAGCCCCGAAAUGGCGGGAAUUUCGUCCUCCUCAACCUGAAGAGAAAAACGUAUUCCCGCGGAAACCUGAGGGGAAAAUUCCUUCGGAAAAGGAUUUGGAAACAGAAAUGGAGGAAAAAGUUCGGGGCCGGAUCCGAUCUUUGCUUCCGGUGUGGCGGGAAAGGCCACUGGGCCUCGGAAUGCCCAGGGAAGGAUUUGGGAUCGUUCCAGGAGGAAAUUCCUGAGGAGGAGGAGGAAGCGCUUCCCACUCUGGAAGAAGUGGCCCGAAGGACCAACGGCGUUUUUAUUCCCGAUGGCAGCUCCAGUUCAGAAAAUUCCCAAGUCACCCCAAAUUCCCAGGAUUUCCUUCAGCCAGAAUUCUCCCCCCCAUCCCCUCCUCCACCCACUGUGGAUCCCCUUUACCCCCCAAACCCCGACGGGACAAUCCCAGAUCCUCCAGAAGAAGUCCUGGAAGCUCUGAGAAUUUUGGGAUACAAUUCCUUCCGGCCCGGCCAGGCCGAAGCCAUCAUGAGGGUCCUUUCUGGAAUCUCCACGCUAGUGGUGUUACCCACAGGGAUGGGCAAAUCCCUGUGCUACCAACUUCCCGCUUUUCUCUACCACCGACAUUCCGGCAGCAUCUCCCUGGUCAUUUCCCCUCUCGUAUCCCUCAUGGACGAUCAGGUUUCCGGCCUCCCCUCAGCCCUCAAAGCCGUCUGCAUCCAUUCCAACCUCUCCCAAUCCCAGCGGGAAGCAGCCAUGGAAAAAGUCAGGAGCGGCAAAGCCCAAAUCCUGCUGCUUUCCCCGGAAUCUCUGGUGGGAUCGGGAUCUUUUUCCCGUUUUUUCCGGGAUUUCCCACCCGUGGCUUUCGCCUGCCUGGAUGAGGCUCACUGCGUCUCCCAAUGGUCCCACAACUUCCGGCCCGCUUACCUCCGGAUCUGCAAGGUUCUCCGGGAGCGCUUUGGAGUCCGAUGCUUCCUGGGCCUCACGGCCACGGCCACGGCGGCCACGGCUCGGGACGUGGCCCAACAUUUGGGAAUUCCUCCGGAAAACGGGAUCGGCGCCGCCGGAAUUCCCGAAAACCUGCGGCUCUCCGUGUCCGUGGAUUCCGACCGGGAUCAGGGUCAGGAUCUUCUGGAAUUACGCCGUCACAUCCAUGAGAAUUCCGUGGAUUUUUUGACUGUCAAGAUUUUGAUCCAAAGGGUUUUUGCUCCUUGUAAAUGCCUGGAAAUCCAUGGAAAAAACCAGGAAAAUUCCAAGGAAAUCUCAGAAUUCCCAAAAAAUUCCCGGAUCUGCCGCGGUCACGAGCGCUCCAUCCCCAUCCAGGAAUUGGUGGAAACCUUGGAUCUUCGGGAAGAGGCGAUCCAGACCCUCCUGUGCCUCCUGGAGCUGCAUCCCGAGAAAUUCCUGGAGCUUUUCCCCCCGCUCCGAUCCCGCUGCCGGAUCCGCAUCCCCGGCAAUUCCGCGGCAGCGCUGCGCGAAGCCGCGCGGGGCCCCGGAAUUCCCGCUUUUCCCGCAGCGAUCCAGACCCUCCUGUGCCUCCUGGAGCUGCAUCCCGAGAAAUUCCUGGAGCUUUUCCCCCCGCUCCGUUCCCGCUGCCGGAUCCGCAUCCCCGGGAAUUCCGCGGCGGUGCUGCGCGAAGCCGCGCGGGGGUGCCCCCCCUUGGGAUUUCUCCUGGCUCAGGAUCCCUCUGGAAGUUUGGGAAUUUCGGGAUUCCUGGAAUUUGACGCCGUGGCCCUGAGCGAUUCCAUGGGUUGGGAAUUUCGGAGGCUCCGCCAGAGCCUCAGGAGGAUCCCCUGGGAAUCCCGGAAAGCAGGGAAAAGCUGCGGGAUCCAGGUGGAAUUCCAGGAAUUUUCCUUUUUUUUCCGCGCCUACGGAGACCUGGAUGGGCGGGAAUUGGAUUCUCUCUGUCAAUUCCUCAAUUCCCGAGCGCUCGAGCGGGAAAAGUCGGAGCUGAGGAGGCUCCGGAGCUGCUUCAGAGCAUUCCAGAGCGCUCGAGCGGGAAAAGUCGGAGCUGAGGAGGCUCCGGAGCUGCUUCAGAGCAUUCCAGAGGAGGAAGAGGAAGAGGAGGAGCAGAAUUCCCGGCUCCGGGAGCGGCUCCGGGAAUAUUUCCAGGGGGAUCCCGAGGGGUGCGAGGAGGAGGAAGAGGAAAAAAAUCCCGGAAUUCCCGCGGAUGAGGAGGAAGAAAUCCGAGCUGAGAUCAGGAAAUUGUUGGCGGCGUUUCCGGAUGAGGAAUUUACGGGAAGAGCCGUGGCCAGGAUUUUCCAUGGGAUUGGCUCUCCCCGUUUCCCAUCCCGGAUUUUCGGGCGGGAUCGGCGCUUCUGGAGGAGGCUCCUCCCCCUGGAAUUCCGGAGCCUUUCCCGCUUGGCUUCCCAGGAAAUCCUCGCCUCCAGGUGACGGGAAAAACCGGGAAAACCUCGGGAAAAACCUCUGGAAAACAUCUGGAAAACAUCUGGAAAACAUCUGGAAAACAUCUGGAAUUUCAGCGAUUUUAUCGGGAUUUUAUUGGGAUUUUAUUGGGAUUUUA